AUGCCGCUCCGGGAGUUUGCCGCACACUGCAGGACCCCUGAGAGGAAGCCAACGAGGUCUGCUACAGACGCCUCGAAGGAGCCUCAAGACCGCGGAAAGGCAGAAGCCAUAAGCUUGCCCAACUGGGCAGAGGGGGAUUCUCCUUGCAUCAUCACUGAUCUGGCCGACGAGAGGACGGCAGAUGCGGGCAGUGACAAGACGCCCCACAGGACAGAGUGUCCCCAACAGGUGCUGCACGACUGCAUGGUUGCCACGGCUUCCAUCAUGGUCGCCGUGUCUGUAACCCUCCUGGUGUGCUACCUGGUGCUGAUGCGCCGCAGGAAGACACGAAAGGAAGCGAAAGCUGCGGCAGCAGCAGCGCAGGACCAGCUGAGAAGCCGCGACCAGCCCGGCAGCCCGAGCCAAAGGCAGGCACCGCAGCUGCGCUCUGCGCCCGCACCGCAGCCCCCGAGUGCUCCGUCCUUCCGCAGCCCGCUCCUGCCGACCGCGCAGCCGGACGAGCAGCCUCAGAGUGCCCUCCGGCAGCCGCCGCGGCCCAGCCUGCCUCCAAACCCCUAUGCCGAUCGGACCCCACCAGCACGGCCGAGAUCGGCUGAGCUCCCGCCGCUCUCGCCCCCUGCCUCCCGCGACCCGACCUCCAAACCCCCUCCACCUCCCCUCCGCAGACAGUAACCGACCCUCAGGCUCCCCUUCCCCUCUUGUCAAUAAAGGAAAGAGUUUCCGUGA